AUGGCAGACGAAGAAGAAGAGAUUACUGAGGAGGAGGAAGAUGAAGAAGUAGAAGAAGAAGAAGAAGAAGCAGCUGAAGCUGAAGCACCAGCAGCUCCAGCAUCUGCAGAUGAUGAAGCACCUGCUGAAAGAGCAGAAGCUACACCUCAACUAAGACGUGCACCACCUCAGGAAAAAGAUGAAACUCCGGCUGAACAAACUGAAGCUGAAAAGGCUAUGCUAGCUGCUAAAAAAAGGCAUCAGGAAGAAGAAGCAGCUAAAAUUCAAGAUUACGAAGAAAAACGACGAAUCGAGAAAGAACAGAUCGAAGAAGAAUUGCGAACUUUAAAGGAAAAACAAGAACAAAGAAGGCAACAACGUGAACAAGAAGAACGUGAAUUCGCGGAAAGACAACGUCAGAAUGAGGAAAAACGACGCCAGGAAGAGGAAGAAAGUAAAGCUCGUAUUGAGGCAGAGAAACAGCGACGAGAGGAAGAAAGAAAGAAACGACAAAAUUUGAUGGCUGGCUCAUUUGCUGCCGGAACAGCAGCUGGAGGAAAAAAUUUCGUGAUCCAGAAAUCCGAAAAGGGUGAUCAGUUAAAGACACUUACUGCAAAACAAGAGACAAGUGAUGAAGGAAAAAGAGCAGCAAAGCAAGCUUUCCUAGAAGCAAUUCAACGUCGUGGAGCUAAUGUUGCCGAUUUACUGCCAAAUGAUAUCAAAGAUAAAAUUAAACAGUUACAUUCACGUAUUGUAAAACUAGAAGGAGAAAAGUAUGAUUUGGAGAAAAGACACGAACGUCAAGAAUAUGACUUGAAAGAACUGCACGAGCGUGAACGUCAAGUUGCUCGUAAUAAAGCUUUACAGAAAGGUUUAGAUCCUGAAGAAGCAGCUGCUUCCAUACAUCCGCCAAAGAUCAACGUCGUAUCAAAAUUCGAUCGACAAAUUGACAGACGAUCAUAUGGUGAUCGGCGGGAUCUUUAUGAACACCCAAUAGUUAAAAAGCCACCAAAAAUCGCUCACGGAACAGCUCGUCCACCACCGGAAUGGGGACGACGUGAAAACGAAGAGCUCGAACAGAUCCGUAAAAAUUUAGAGCCUCCAAAAUAUGUAGAACAAGUGAAGGCAGAUGGUGAUGCUGCAAAACCACCAGUUCAACCAAUUCCACUUCAUGUACCUGGUAUUGAUGAGGUUGAGGAGGAAGAGAGAACAAUUCAGGCUGCGGAUGGAAAUUUAGCUGGAGAGGGUGACGAUGCGGAAAAAGCAAGUGAUGGUGACAAAGCUGGUCGGAAAGUAUCCGCUGCAGCAGGCGGCGGUAAAGCUGCCGCACCACCGCCAACGACGAAGAAGCCAGUGAAAGCAAAAUGA